AUGCGCAGGUGUGAAAGCUGCGAGACCGCGGAUGAGCCUUGCCUGCCGCCUCCCCGAAAACGAAUUCGGCUGAAAGCUGUCCAUUCCGUGAUCGAACAACCCCGCUCUUCCGGACAGAGUGGCAGGGAGAUAUCUUUUGUUUACGGUGGUGAUCAUGUCUGGGUUGACUUCCGCACGCCUGUGUUCGAAGUCCAAUUCGUACAUGGUAACGACAAUGACGAGGAUUCAAGUGACGUUCAGUCUUCUGUUGCCAUUGACGAAGAUGAGGGAGCUUUCGCCCAUCCCGUGAAUGUGCACGUCGAUGAUGCAGAGACAGUUGGAGGUCCGAUUAUUGGAGCGGCAGUGGGCUCCUAUGCGACCAAGAGGUCGUUGUCCUUUGGACGAACCAGCGCUUCUGGAACAUCCCAGUUCGCUUCGUCUCCGACAUAUCUCGUCUCCCCAGUACAGCAUCAUUGUACCCCAUCAAGCCAAAUCCAGGUACUCUCACCCUCUACAAGUGCCGUUCUUUAUGAGGCCAAGCCUCUUUGGCCAUUGAACAACUUAGCAGAGGCUGAACUCCUCCGGCAUUUUAUAGACAAUAUCGGACCUCAACUGGACGUUACUGACCAUGUGUGCCAUUUCACAACGACUGUUCCGCAGAGAGCUGCCCAUUGCCCCUUGCUGUUUUAUGCCAUUAUUGCUGCCGCCUCCAUCCAUCGCAGUCGCGUUCAAGGACUACCAGACCAAUUCUACGAAGAAUAUCAGGCAAAAUGUAUACGAAUCUUGAUUCGGUUUUUGGAUGACCCUGACUAUUCCCCCGAUGAGAACUUCUUGGCAGCUAUAGUCGUCCUGCGCAAGGGAGAAGAGAUGUCAGAUGAGGAUCGCAUGUGCCAUCUGCUUGGCUCUUCUCGGGUCAUUAAUUCGGUUGGAGAGGUUGCUGCUAAUGGGGGAUUGGGAGAAUCAGCUGCGUGGCUGGUGCUCAGACAAAGCAUAUACGUUUCAUUGACAAGUAACACCCCUUUGAACGUCAACCUUGGCUGCUACAAAAGGUCGUCUGUCUUCCUCGGUCUCACGGACCACGCCUGGGCCAACAAAAUCGUCUUCGUUUUCGCGGAGACUCUUGCAUAUUCAGCCAAAAGCAACGGACACGAUCUUACCGAUGUUGAGGAUUGGCAUACCCUGCAACACGCCGCCAAGCAGUGGUACCUCGACAAGCCCGACACUUUUCUGCCGGUCUUUGAGACUCCAAUUGAAGAAGACGCACGGAACGAGCACACUACAAAUGAGUUCCGAAAUCCAUUCCCAACGAUAUCGAUGCUCCAAGCCCCUCAUGUCAUCGGGCUCAUGUACUAUCACCUGACCCUCAUUCUGCUUGCUCUAAGCGACCCGACCAACACGGCUCGGUGGAGGGGUCUCGAUAGCAUACGGUUGUGGCGAGAAAUGGAGCAAAAGGUCCGGGUUGAUCUCAAGCGCUGCAUUGGUCUCGCCAUCAGCAAUCCCCAUGUAGUAGCAGCCAAUUUUGAGGCUUCACACAUCUUGUACGCAUGUGGACAUUGUCUCAAUUCUCCCGGAGAGCAAGAAGCAGCUGUCGACUUUCUCCGCAGCGUUCGAGUCAAGCUCGGUUGGGGGAUCGACCAUAUAAUCGACCGCUUGAAAAGACAUUGGGCUAGCAUGCAGUGA